UGUCCCUGCUGCCGCCCACCGCCUUCAUGAAUGGCAGCUCGAGCAUCCUAUAGCUGCAUGGGGAAGUGUGACACGGGGCUCUUUCAAGAGCGGGGCGUGAACUUUUCAUCAUUUAUUUAGAAAACAUCAAGCUGUAUCUCUUCCUGUGAAAGAAAUCUCUAGAAAAGAGCUAUCACUGGCGCUUUAAAUCAGUGGCGCUUCUCCUAUUCUGUUAACUUCUUUCUACGUCAUCAUCAGAAGAACAGGGGACUGUACACAAGAUGUUUGACAAGGCCACACAUAGCCUGCUUCACCAGACUGACCAUGAUGGCAUGCUGAUUGCUGUUUCCCGGCUAAAUGAUUCUGAAAAACUGAAGCCACUUGCGGUGGUGAUCAAGUGUCCAGGAACAUGGUUCUGGCAGAGAACCAAAUACAGACCCACAGACUUCACUCUCAAUGACCUGCUCCAGGGAAAGCCUAUUCAACCAGUGCUGGAGGAAAAGGUGUUUCUAAAUAAAUAUGAAGAGACACAGAAAGGCAGUGUUGCUGGAUCUGGGGAGGUAGACAUGGUUGGAGUUGGCAUGAAAGCCCAGGGACGUGGGACAUCCAAGAUUUUAUCAUCACUCGGGACACUUCUCAAGGAAAGUGUGAUUAUGCCACACUUUCUAAAAGAGUCCAAAGACAGGAAAAUGGACCCUCAGCACAAUCUUCUUAUGCAGAUACAAGGCAAAAAUCAGGUCUUCACUCUAGUGAAAGAGCGGAUCUUCACUACUUGUGACUGCACUAUUAACUUCAGUGAACUGAAAGAAGGCAGCUGCAGUGCCAUAUUUAAACAAAUCUGCCCUGCCAAGAACACCAGAGAUGUUGCUAUUGAGAUUCCCCCACACACUGUGAUGGCCUACAGUGUGAGCGAACUGAAAAUUAAAAGUGAUGGUCACUAUGAAGUUGGUGUAAGCCCUGAUGGGAUUGAGGCAGAUGACAGCAUUACUCUGGAUUCAAUUCACAAUGAGACAGAAGUGGACGGCUUAUGGACACAAAUAACAGAGGGAUUGUCAUUGAGUGUCCUGAAUAAAGAACUGGCAAGUGUAAAGGCGGCGUUGUGUAAAUUGGCUUGUCUGUCACCUGAAACUCGUUUCUCUCUGUUAAAUCUCUUUCAAGAGAUUCUACCAGACCAGACACUUCUAUCCACUUUAGAGGACAAGCUGGAGAAAAUAUGUGAUGCAUCUAUGUAUGAUUCUCACACUUAUUUGCCUGACACAUCAAAUGAGCUCACGGACAAUUUUUUGUACUUGCUACUGUCUGAGACAGACAAUAUGGAUAGGCUACCCGCAGUCGUCAGACCAAAUGGAUCUUUGCCUGCAAUUUCCAAUCAGAACAGAGGUCAGAGUGCACCAGCCAAUUGGAAAGCAGCUAACAUCAGCCAUAAUGGAUCUGUAAAGUCAACCAAUCAGAGGCAGUUAAUCCUGACUGCUAUGCACAUGCUGAUUAGUGCUGCUGAAGAACUGACUGAUGAUGGCCUCACCUUGCUAAAAGCCUGCUCUUCAGAAACAAUUAAUGGGUUAAAUGAUUUAGUAACUCAUCUGACAAAUGUUUCCCAGCGAGUCCCAUUCAGUGAGCUUCCCUUUCUCCUGAGGGAUGGUGAGGUGCCCCAGGAGGUGGAGCUGCUGUUCAUCUCAUCCAAUAUUACACUGAAGAGAGACAACAAAGAGCUGUAUGCAGAGAUAGGAAGUGGCAGUAAAGUCCUUCCCCUAAUACUGUGUAUUGUCAUUCAUGGCCUUGCAUACCUGAAUGAGUCAUGUGAAACAGAUAUAGAAAUGUGAUGUAAGUUAAGGAUGAAAUAAAGAAUAAAGUUUUUUCACUACAAGCAAUUCAUAUUUCUAAAACGUAACUUCAGCGCUUCAGAGACCCAUAUUAUGGCAUGAGGUGAGCAUAUACAUAACACAAAUUCUUUUGUAGUUCUUUUAAAUUAAUUGUAUUAAAUUAUUAUAUUAUAUUAUAUUAUAUUAUAUUAUAUUAUAUUAUAUUAUAUUAUAUUAUUUUUUUACUCGUUCAGAAUUUCAACAAGGAAUCCGAUACUUUAUCAUAUUUCAUGUCUUUUUUAAAGCCAUAUGUUCAAAAUGAUGCUAUAUACUUUAGCUUCUUCUUGAAGAAUACAUAUUUUAGUCCAGAAAUUAUUUAUUUCCAGAAAUAAUAACUUACAUUUUCUGUUUGUGAUGCAUAUUGUGAACAAUGGAGAACUGAUAUUUUAAUGAAGCAUGCACUGUUGGUCUGAUAAGAGAGUUACUGUAAUUGUUACUUACUAUAGUCAAAUCAUAAUAAUCUCAAGCCAUAAACCUGUAUUCUAUAAUUUCUAUGUACUUUUAAUCUAUGCAUCAUCUUUUUUGUUGGAUGGCAUUUUUAGACUUUCAUUUUAAUCAUUCAAGAAUUUGUUGGAAUAAAGACAUGAUUGAGACUUUCUAA